GCAGGGCCAGAGAAGCGGAGCCCACAAACUCCACCUUCCCCCGCUUCUUUCCCACAGGUGCCUCUGGACCUGGACAGGCGGUUGCAUGGCCAGCCCCGGCAAUGCCACCCUGCCCCGCGGCUUUCUCCUGCAGGGCUUCUCCGAGUUCCCGCACCUGAGGCCGGCGCUCUUCCUGCUGCUGCUGGCCCUGCACCUGGCCACCCUGAGCGGGAACCUGCUCAUCCUGCUGGCCGUGGCCUCGGCGCCUACCCGGCCGCCCAUGCACCUCUUCUUGUGCCAGCUGUCAGCCAUCGAGCUGGGUUACACGCUGGUGGUGGUGCCCCGCACGCUGGCCGACCUGGCCUCGCCGGGCCUGGGCCGAGGCAGCCCCAUCUCCUUCCUGGGCUGCGCCGUGCAGAUGCAGAUGUUCGUGGCCCUGGGCGGGGCCGAGUGCUUCCUGCUGGCCGCCAUGGCCUAUGACCGCUACGUGGCCAUCUGCCACCCGCUCCGCUACGCGGCGGUGGUGACCCCCGGGCAGUGCGCGCGGCUGGCCCUGGCCUGCUGCCUCGGGGGCCUGGCGGUGUCCGUGGGGCUCACAGUGGCCGUCUUCCACCUGCCCUUCUGCGGCUCCCGCCUGCUGGUGCACUUCUUCUGCGACAUCACGGCGCUGCUGCACCUGGCCUGCACGCGGAGCUACGCCGAGGAGCUGCCUCUGCUGGGCGCUUGCCUGCUGCUGCUGCUGCUGCCCUCGCUGCUCAUCCUGGCCUCCUACGGCGCCAUCGCCGGCGCCCUGCGCCGCCUGCGCUGUCCGCGGGGCCGCCGCAAGGCCGUCUCCACCUGCGCCUCGCACCUGACCGUCACCUUCCUCCACUACGGCUGCGCCACCUUCAUGUACGCGCGGCCCAAGGCCAGCUACUCCCCGCGACUGGACCGCGCGCUGGCGCUGGUCUACACCCACGUGACGCCGCUCCUCUACCCGCUCAUCUACAGCCUGCGCAACCGCGAGAUCGCCGCGGCCAUCCGCCAGGUGCUGGGGCGCUGGCGACCCCGCCAGGCCCCGGGUCAGGAGGGUCUGUCUGUGUGAGCCCUGAUCGCAGGCAGGGGCCAGGCCGGAGUGAGCAGCUCUGCUCGCUCAAGUUUCCCCCAUCAGCACGUGUC